AUGGAUGGGGACAGUACAUUAAAAGACUCAAGGAUUGACAUGAGGGACAUUGUAGAACAAGAAGGAAUUUCUUUCCUGGAGCAAAAUGGGGGUUCUUCCAAGGAUAUUCCAGAAAUCUCAGUAGAGGAGCAAAGAGGGAACCAAGAUGAAGAGGAUUCUACUCACAUGAAAGUGUUUAUUACAGAUAGAGAUCGUAGAGGAAUUAAUGAAUACCUUAAGGUGACCUUUGAGGACGUGAUUGCAGAGCCUGCAUCAGUGCACAGCUUCAAUAAGGUGUGGCUGUGGAGUCAUGUGCUAUUUGAGGUGUCCAGGCUUUGGAUAUACCGUGUCAUUUCCUUGCUGCUGGCUGUGCCUAUAGCGUUGUUGGUGGGACUGCUAUUCUCCGUUUUCAGUUUUCUGCAUAUCUGGCUAAUAGUCCCAGCUGUGCAACUUCUGCUGAAUAACAUGUAUUGGGUGAAAGUGGUGUGGGCCAGUGUGUUGGACCUUACCAUCUCUCCUUUCUUCUUCAGUCUCGGAAGAUGUUGUAGGUCCAUCAGUAUCUACUGGACCAAAGACUAGCCCUCUACGGUCCCAACUCACCGCGUUAUCAAAUCCAGCGUUAUGAAAAUAACUCUUUUACAUUGCCUAAAUUUAACUAGUAAGACUUGUAGUUUUACUAGUUAAAUCCUGAAAAGAUUCUAAUUCAAUUU